CGCGUAACCGUCUCCGUCGAAGUCGAUGUUAAUCAUCUGGUCAUCGUGAUCGUCAUCGCCAUCGCCAACGCCAGUAGCUCAGUGAUCAGUGAUCUGUGAUUGAUUGAAUCGUAGAUAGCAUCGAUUGAUCGAUCGCAUGCAUCGUUGAGGUUUAAAGCAAUGACAAUCCCCACAGUUCCCUGCUUUCAGACAAUGGCCGCUUUGGGCCUUUUAAUGCUUGUUGGCGUCCAUGGAACCACCAUAAUCAGCAUUAAAUACCCGCACACACUAUCGCAGCAGCAGCAGCAGAUGGCAGGCGGCAAUAUGGGGGAGCUGGAGCAUCCGCAGCCGGCAAAGCGGGACCUUAGCUUGAGCUAUGCGGCGACCAAUAUUGACUCCAAGGAGGGGACACGCGUCAAGACCAUCACCGUGAUCAAGAAUUUGGGUGGCGUCGGCGGAGGAGUGCAGAAGCAGCAGCAGCAGCAGAAGCUGGCCAUCGAUCCGUCACUGCAUCAGAACGAGGAUUGGGCGAGUGCAUUUCGCGAUAACUUUGACUCCUAUGGGGCCCUGCCCGAUGUACCCGAUAUAGACGAUUUGUUUGAGUUUGUGAAUCGCAAGAAGAAGCCCGACGAGCCGAAGAAGGCACAGGAUGCGGAGGCCAAACCCAAGCCAAAACCAAAGCCCAAGCCCGUAGAGGAGACGACCACCACGAAGGCCAUCAGUGAGCACAGCGAGAGCAGUGGCAGUGGCAGUGGCAGCGGUAGCAGUAGCAGUAGCAGCGGUAGCACCAGCAACAUUGACAGCGAUGAGGCAGUGGUGGAGAAGAUCAAGGGCGAUGCCGAGCUGCUGCCACACAUUAAGCAGGCGAAUAUCCUACGUCUGCAGGCGGCCCAGGCACGCGCCUCCAUGGAGAGUCGCCUGAAGACACGCGAGUCCCUAAUUGCCGUCAACUACUCGACGCCCAUGCACCAGGUGACGCAGUACUUUGACAACUAUGUCCAGGCGGUGCCCAAUGGCUAUGAUUACGCCAAGCCAUGCGGUGCCCCGCCUGCGGGCAAUAGCUAUCAGGUGACGACGCCCUCGGGACGCACCUACGACAUACCGCAGAGCAAUAGCAGCGGCACUGGAGGCGGCAAUCAUCCCUACUUGGCGCCGUCGAUCACGAAGAAAACUCAGAUUCCGCCACUGGCUCCGGCGCAGACGCAGGGACAGCAGCCGCAGCCGCAGCCGCAGCCGCAGCCUCAACAGCCGCCCAAUUACUCCUCGGUCAACUCGAUUGUGCCGCCCGUGGGCAAUCCUCCUCCACAGGCCCAGGCGCAGCAGCCUCCUUUCCAGCAACAGCCGCAACCGCAGCCACAGCAGCCAAAUGGCGGAAUACUGCCGCCUCUUCCGGCUGUCGGCAAUGGGAUCUCCACCAGCCAGCGGCCAUAUGUGGCGCCCAGGCUGCGCAACAAUGGGCUGGGCAUCAAUCGGGGACCAGUCUCACCGUUGCCACCGUUAGGCUCGACGCCCCAGCAGGCGCCCAGCUUCCGCUCUGGCAUCUUUGGAGGCGGAGGCGGCGGCGGUGGCAGUGGCGGUCCGAACACGCUGCGAUCGCGUGGCCUGAAGUAUUGA